AAUGAGGAACUCUCAGCCUGUGAUGUUAGGAUUCAUGCCAGCCAGUUCGGUGCCGACAGGGAAAACACGUUGAGAGCAGAUCAGAGUCAGGACAGCGAGUCUGGACGCGCUCUCGUCACUGUGUCCCGCUGAACUCCUGUGAAUGACAGACACGCAGCAGACGGACACUAAUCUCUCCAGAGUCCAACACGGCUGUCUGGAAUGAUGGGUGACGUUCAGUUUGUUACGGGAUCUCAUGUCUCCAAGACGACUCUGACUCUGGGACGAGGUUCCCCCAGCAAAGAGCCCCCUGUUUUUACCCUCCCGCCACGUAAUACUCGCGUCUGCCAAGGGGGUACCGCACGCCUUGAAGGAAAGGUACGUGGUUUUCCAGAGCCCCAGGUUUGCUGGUUUAGGAAUGGGAAGCUACUGAUAGCAGGAGAUCAUUAUUCUAUGGAACAAAGUGCUCGUGGAAGCUUUAGACUGGUGGUCCAGGAAGUCCAGGAUGACGAUGGAGGACGGUACACCUGUGAAGCUGUCAAUGAUGCUGGGAGCUGCCAGGUUACAGUGGAGAUCAUUGUGGAAGGAAAUGCAGGGAAAAAAUACAGUCUUCCUUCCUCCAACAGAGCAGGCAGUGGAUCUCUGGGUGUUCCUGCAGUAGAGAACAGACCCAGUAUCUGGGGUGAAAGCCCCCCUAAGUUUGUGACUAAACCUUCUCGCCUGUAUCUCAAAGUGGGACAGAACGGCAAAUUCUCAGCCAAGAUCACGGGACGACCCCAGCCACUGGUGCAGUGGUAUAAGGGAGAAGAAAAGAUCCAGCAGUCAGAUCACUUUAACAUGUUUGAGAGGUCAGGAAUGCAUUUCCUGGAGAUACGCCACACGUGCUCAGAGGACGCUGGUGUCUACACCUGUCUGGUGGCCAACAGUGCCGGGAAAGCCUCUGCAACCGCUGAACUCAUUGCUCAAGAUGGAGACGCUGAAACAGUUACCGUGCCCAAACCAUCUCAAGAUCUCUCUACACAAUCUGUGGUCAAGCACAGCACCAAUGGUCUGGACACUGAACAGAAAACUUCUAGCACAUCCGUCCGAACUGCAACCGCAGAGAUACGUGCACCGCUGUCCACUACUACUGUAGCAAGUGUUCAUUCUGUGACAAGAACAGAGGCACCAAAAAUAACAUCAUCACCAUCCUCACAACCUAUCAGCAAGUCCACAGAUGGAAAAUCAGCAGCUGGUCAAAAGACAUCAAACUCUGUGAAUGAAAGAAGUCAAAACAUUGUAAGGAAUGAGUCACAUGGCACAAGAAGAGCUUGGGAUUCGUUCAGAGCUCCAGAAGAGAUUCCUGAAGCAUCACGGCUGGAGUCCAGCAGAGACGCCCGCCAGGAAACCAAAGAGAGCAAAACGGAUGUUCUAGAAACGCCACCCAGUUUUGAAUCCCAGCCUGAGAGCCAAGAGGUUGUGCAGGGUGAAAAGGUCACAUUCAGAUGCCAAAUGUCUGGGUCUCCAGUGCCGACAGUGAGCUGGGUGAAAGAUGGAGCUCCUCUCAGACAGAGAUCAGGCGUCAGCACACGACAGGAGGGCAGUCUGCAUGUCCUGUGUCUGGAGAGCGCUCACAUAACUGACACGGGACAGUACGGCUGCACUGCUGCCAACAAAAGAGGAAAGACUGCGGCCCACUGGAGCUUGACUGUCAAACGUGUGAGGGUGGAGGCGAAGCCCCCUGUGUUCAGCUCUCUUCUGAAGGAUUGUUCAGUGUUAGAGGGACAGGACUUCAUGUUGCAGUGCUCAAUGGAGGGCAAACCACUGCCUGAGCUCACCUGGCUGCACAACGAUCAGCCCGUUCCAUAUUCCCACACUGUGUUUGAGAAUAGUAUGGCUCAGCUGACAGUUAAGGCAGCUGUUCUGGAGGAUGCAGGCGUGUAUUCGUGUGUCGCAGUGAAUGAUCAUGGCAGAGCUGUGUGUACAGCUCAUGUGCUGGUUGAAGCUAAGCCAAGUGUUAAGAGGUCUACUGCUCCUCCUGUGACUGAUGUGAGGAGGCCGUCUGCCCCGGUGUUCCUCAGAGGUCUGCAGGAUCUCAGAGUCAUGGACGGCAGUCAGGUCACCAUGACCGUGGAAGUGACAGGAAAUCCUGCCCCUGAGGUGGUCUGGCUGCACAAUGGAAAAGAGAUCCAAGAGUCUGAGGAUUUCUAUUUUGAGAGGAAGGGCUGUCAGUAUACUCUCUUCAUACAGGAAGUGUUUCCUGAAGACACAGGGACUUACACCUGUGAGGUGUGGAAUGAAGCCGGAGUCGCUCGGACCGAAGCCUCACUCACAGUACAAGAGCCUCAAGAUGGAGUUCAGCCCUGGUUCAUCACUAAAACCAAGUCCACUGCUGCCUCCCUGGGUCAACAUGCUCUGCUGUCCUGUGCGAUCGCUGGUGACCCCUUCCCAGAAUUCCUCUGGAUGAAGGAUGGGCAGGUAAUAUCUGGAGGUGGAGACUUUGAGAUCCUACAGAAAGAAGACGUUGUCUCAUUGCUCAUCAGGAAAGUGAAGACACAUCAUGCUGGAAACUAUGAGAUUCAUCUCAAGAAUAAAGUAGGAGAGUGCAGGUCAGUGGCUGCUCUGCACAUCAGCGAGGACCCCAUGUUGCCUGGUGACGAUUCUCAUAAACGCCGAGGGGUGGAGAGGACUGCGCCAGGCAGGGGAGGACAGCCAGAGACUCCCAGCGCUGCAGCGUCGCGCUCCGAGUCACUCUGGGAACACAACAGUCAGGAUCAGGAAGAAGAGGAGGGCUGUGCCACCCGUGGUCUUCUCAAACGGCGCGUGGAGACAAAGGAGCAUCGGGAAGACCAGAUCCGACAGCAGGAGGCUGAACAGAUCGACUUCAGAACUGUGCUCGGCCGCAAGGUCACCACUAAGAGCAUCUCUGAAGAAGACCUGAAGGAGAUCACGGCCGAGCAGAUGGACUUCAGAGGGAACCUCCAACGGCAGAUCAAGCCCAAGACCCAGACAGAAGAGGAACGCAAAGUCAACACUCCACAGCAGGUGGACUUCAGAGCAGUGCUGGGAAAGAAGGGAGGCCAAGCCCCAAAACCCGGUCUUGGAUCCAUAGUGAAAACGCAAGCCAACAAAACUGAAGCUGUUGACUUCAGAUCCGUGUUAGGCAACAAGAAAAAACAACCAAGCCAGGACAGGAAUGGAGAAAGCCAAGGCGAUAAAGACACCCGAGGAAAGGAAAACGAUGUGAAUUGUGUAGAUGGAGGGAUAAAAGAAAAAACUAAAGCAGUUGGAAAGAAAGAGCCCGUUUUUACACAGAAACUGAGUGAUGUGACGGUAUUGGAUGGAGAACGUUUGCAUCUGCAGUGUCAACUUUCCUCUGAGUCUCCUGCUAAAGUGACAUGGACGCUUGAUGGAAAAGUCAUCAAACCAUCCAAAUUCAUCGUUAUUGCUAACGAGGGUGGUAAUUGCUCUCUGACCAUUGAUAAAGCUCUGCCUGAGGAUGAAGGACAGUAUGUAUGCAGGGCGGACACUAACGAGGGCAAGACAGAGUGUUCCUGUAUGGUCCUAGUGGAUGAUCCCAGUGUCUCCACACCAGCUGAUAAGCGGAGCAGGAAGCCCUCUACCCCGACCACAGAGAAUGAGGCCAAAAUAAAGAAACCCCCACCCAAAACGCUUCCUAAACAAGGUGCUCCUCCUCAGAUCCUGCAGUUUCCUGACGAUAUGAAGAUCCUGGCAGGUCAGGAGGUCAGUCUGCUGUGUAAGUUCACCGGAGCUCUGCCCAUCAGCUGCACCUGGCUGAAGUUCCGCAAACCAAUUCAGGAAGGUCAGGACAUCUCGGUAUUGAGCACAGACAGCAGCAGUCAGCUGACCAUCACAGAAGGACAGCAGGAGCACUGCGGCUGCUACACCAUCGAGCUCAAGAACAGCUGCGGCGUGAGACAGGCUGCCCUCAACCUCACUAUAGUCGAUAAGCCCGACCCUCCUGCCCGUGUCCCGGCAGCCUCAGACAUCCGUAAGUCCAGCCUCACACUGUCCUGGUAUGGACCGACAUACGACGGCGGCAGCGCCGUCCAGUCCUACAACCUGGAGAUGUGGAACUCUGUGGACAUGAAGUGGAUAGAUCUGGCGUCCUGUAACAGCACCUCUUAUAACGUGCAGAAUCUGCUUUCAGACAGGCAGUAUAAGUUUCGAGUGAGAGCAGUGAAUAUUUAUGGUGUGGGAGAGCCCAGUGCUGAGUCUGAGCCCGUGCAGGUGGGGCUGGAGGCCGACGAGGAAAAUAAAGAUGAAGCUGAACCCUCAGAUGAUGAAUCAGAGAAGGAACCAGAUUACAGAAAUGUGACGAUCAAGACAGACAUGAAGGUGAAGGAUCUGUAUGAUGUGGAAGACAGACUGGGCACAGGGAAAUUCGGGACUGUUUUCAAACUGAUAGAAAAGUCCACAAAAAAGGCGUGGGCUGGGAAAUUCAUAAAAGUGUAUUCUGCCAAAGAAAAAGACAAUGUCAGACAGGAAAUUGCAAUCAUGAAUGACCUGCAUCACCCAAAGCUUGUGCAGUGUAUCGACGCUUUUGAGGGAAAGAGUGACAUUGUAAUGGUGCUGGAAAUGAUCUCUGGAGGGGAGCUGUUUGAGAGGAUCAUAGACGAGGACUUUGAGCUGACGGAGAGAGAGGUGAUCAAAUACAUGCUUCAGAUUGUGGAUGGAGUAAAUUUUAUCCAUAAGAAAGGCAUCGUCCACCUGGAUCUCAAACCUGAGAACAUCAUGUGCGUUAAUAAGACCGGCAGCAAAAUCAAACUUAUUGACUUUGGACUGGCACGCAGACUGGAGAAUGCUGGCUCUCUGAAAGUCCUGUUUGGCACCCCAGAGUUUGUGGCUCCAGAGGUGAUUAAUUAUGAGGCUAUCAGUUACGCGACAGACAUGUGGAGUAUUGGAGUCAUCUGCUACAUCCUCGUCAGUGGUUUGUCUCCCUUCAUGGGCGACAAUGAUAAUGAGACGCUGUCUAACGUGACCUCAGCGACGUGGGACUUUGAGGACGAUGCGUUUGAUGAGAUCUCAGACGAGGCCAAAGACUUUAUCAGUAACCUGCUGAAGAAAGACAUGAAAGCUCGUCUGAGCUGCGAUCAGUGUUUCCAGCACCCCUGGCUCAAACAGGACACCACCAACAUGGAGGCCAAGAAGCUUUCCAAAGAGAGGAUGAAGAAAUACAUUCUAAGAAGAAAGUGGCAGAAAACAGGGCAUGCGGUUCGAGCUAUUGGUCGACUGUCUAACAUGGCAUUGAUGGCGGGCGUUCAUGCCAAAAAGGGCUCCCCCACUGAAGAUGAUAAACAGUUUGCUUCUGAAUUGGAGGAGAAAACUCUAAUGAAACCUACGUUCAGUUCUGUUAUUAAAGACGUUGAGGUGGUGGAAGGCAGUGCUGCUCGAUUUGACUGCAAAAUUGAAGGUUAUCCUGACCCUGAGGUGGUGUGGUAUAAGGACGACCAGCCAAUUAAAGAGACGCGCCAUUUUCAGAUCGAUUAUGACGAAGAUGGAAAUUGCAGUCUUGUUAUUUCUGAGGUCAACGGUGAUGAUGACGCAAAGUACACCUGCAAGGCCAUGAACAGCAUCGGGGAAGCCACCUGCACCGCCGAACUCAUCGUGGAGGUGAUGGGAGGAGAGGAGGAGGAGGAGGAGUAGAAAACAACCUCUUUUGUCACGUUUCUCUUUUACACGUGGUGCCUUUAUUCUCACUGUCUUUCAGACUUUCAGAUGAUGACAAUGAUGAUGAGGAUGAUGAAGACCUCACCAUCACCUUUUGCUGCAUUUGCUUCAUUGCACUUCCAGUUUGUUCUUUUUGUAUUCAUGCAACAGCCAAAGUCAAAUAUCAGAUUUGUUUAUCACAUGCCAUCACCAUUACUUACAUUCCAUUGGAUGCUUGUUCUUCACUGUCAUGUUUUACUCCAACCAAACAUUUCUAAACUCACAUGUGUGUUUGUGUGAUCAUCGCUCGUGACUGUGUGAACUGAGCAGCACUUCCUGUCUGUUAGGACAGCUUUAUUUAAGCACUGUAAACUCAUGUAAGGUUGUGUGUUUUUGUUUGGAGACAUUUUCCUCCUUUCACCAUCUGUCACAGUAGCAGCACUCAACAGAUAUUUGGAGACACAUGUUAAAUGUAUGUUUAUUUUAUUAGGAAUGUCUGUAGAUUAUAUUUCUUUAAAUGUUUUAGAUAUAUACGUGUUUGAUAAAGUGCAGAUUGCAUUGUAAUGAGAACACUACAAAUGUAGUUAUUCACUUUUAAAGAAUAAAUUUUGAUCACGA